GCCCUUUCCCCCGGCCAUCACUACUUCAAUGCCUAAUCAGUCUCCACAGACAUCUCAACCCUGAUUGUGCUAUAUAGUUCAGUUGAAAUUGUUCAAACUUCAAACCCUAUGGCAGACUUUUUUGCUUAAGCUGGAUCUUAGUCAAACCAGAAAAUGGAGAUAGAACACUUCAGUCAUCAUCACACUUUAUUCCUCUCAGAUGAAAAGGAAGGUUGUGACAUUCCUUGCAAUGUUUGUUCUGAACCUGUAAUGGGUCUAGUUUAUUGCUGCAAACAAUGUGUUUUUGUUCUUCACAAAUGGUGUGCUGAGAUUCCUCAUGAGAUCCAUGACCAAACACACCCACAUGUACUCACUCUUGUUCCAAAUGGACCGUCAUCUUCUUCUUUUUCAAAUAAUUUCAGCUGUAAUCGUUGCCUGGAGGAAAGUUCAUGUUUCAGAUUCAGCUGUAUUGAUUGCUCUUACAAUAUCCACGUCGAAUGUGCCUCGUUUGUAACAAAUCACCAAGUAACGUUUUUAGUCCGAGGAAAGUCCCUUGAGUUUAGUCAUAUUCGAGUUAUGCCUUUAUCAGAUCGAUCAUUCACAUGUGUGGCCUGUGGAUUUCCUGGCAACACAUCCUGGUUUGAAUGUAAAGGGGAAACAAUCAAACUUCAUGUUCAAUGUGCAAAUUUACCAAACACUGCCAAACAUCCUACACAUCGUCAUCAACUCAUUUUAUCUGCUAAUUUCAUUGAAGACGAACUAGAUGGUGAAGAAUUCUACUGUGAUGCAUGUGAGGAACAGAGAGAUCCAAAGGACUGGAUUUAUCAUUGUUCAAAAGAUUGCUGCUCUUUUGCCACUCACAUCAGCUGUGCAAAUUCUCCAUUGGGCAGACUUGAUCAAUUUGUUAAGAAAAAUCCUCUGUAUGAAAGUGCCAAACACAGGCCAAUUGACCCACAACAACAAGAAAUCGAUCUGUCAUUGACAGAGACAUUCGAGAGGAUGCUUUUCGCAUUGGAGAUUAUGGAGAAGAGGAACAAAGAUAGGAAACAAAUAGAAGACAGUAGUAUUAUUGAACUAGAUCUUCAAUACAUCGGCCAUAACCAUCCUUUGAUCCUAUAUGACGAGUCAUUUAUUGAAGCCGCCACUUGUGAAGUUUGUUUCACUGGUACCUACGGGAAGACAUACAUCUGUAAAGACUGUAAGUACUAUCUUCAUAAAUGGUGUUCAAAAUUACCGGAGCAAAUCCAACACCCUAUUCACCAAGAACACUCUUUGACACUAACGAAAUCUCACUACACAUGGAAUUGCGAGCUUUGCAAAUCUAGUGAAAGCUUCCAUAUGGGCUACCAUUGCAAUGAAUGCAAUGUUAGUCUUCAUGUACUAUGUGCUUCAUUGCCUCAGAACCUCCUUAGGCAUGAUAUUCACAAGCACAGGCUCACUCCAGUCUGUUUGGCUGUUGAUCGCAAGUUACAUCAAUUCUCGGACUCGAUAUUCCCAAAGAAAUAUAGCCAAGAAUUGCCUGUUUGUAAUAUAUGUGCAUUUCCUUGUGAUCAGCUUUCACUGGAAUGUGAUGAAUGCAAUUUUUAUGUUCACAUUCAGUGCUUUUUGUUGCCUAUCACUGGUAAACAUGUGACUCAUAGACAUGACCUGGUUCUUGGGCUGCCUCCAGAUUGGGACAUGGAUUCGGAAGAAUUUUAUUGUGAUGCUUGCGAGUUAGAAAGAAAUUCAAGGAGUUGGGUUUACUUUUGUGCUGAAUGUGCUCAAGAAAAAUAUGUAUAUGCUGCACAUAUUGAUUGUGUUCAUUCUCCUAAGCUGAUCUUGUCAUAAUCAAACAUGUAUUUUGUUC